AUGUCGCGCACGUUCUUCGACCGCACGUCCGAGUUCCGAUCGGCCGUAGAGUCGGCCGCCUUCCGCGCCGCGUCGUCGUCCUCGGCAGCCGGCGGGGCCGGCGCCCCUCUCGUGCCGCAGGGCGCAGGGCCGGCCAAGGGCGGCAAGAACGCCCAGCGGAGCGAGUUUGCGAGGAUGGCGGCCAAGAUUGGCAAGGACAUCCAGGGCACGACGGGCAAGUUGGAGAAGCUCGCGCAACUCGCCAAGCGCAAGACGCUCUUCGACGACCGGCCCGUCGAGAUCAGCGAGCUCACGUACAUCAUCAAGCAGGACAUCGCCGCCCUGAACCAGCAGAUCGCCCAGCUCCAGGCGUUCACCCUGUCGAACCUUAACGCUGGCGGCAAGCAGGUGUCCGAGCACAACAAGAACGUCGUCACCAUGCUCCAGACCAAGCUCGCCGACACCACCAUCGGGUUCAAGGACGUGCUCGAGAUCCGGACGCAGAACAUGAAGGCGUCGCGCGACCGCACCGAGCAGUUCACCUACACCGGCGGCUCGAACGCUCGCAACGCACCUCCUUCCGUCCUUCGUUCCCGCGCCGCCCCUCCUUCCGCCAACUCGUCCUCGUCCCGGUACCAACCCUCCGGCACGACCUCGUCUCAUCCCUACACCGCCUCGUACGAGACGUCAGACUCGCCCCUGUACCGCCCACCAUCGGCAAUCGGCGGCUCGAGCAUCCUCGACUCGCAGGGCAAGGGCAAGGGCAAGGCGCCGGCCAACUCGGACUUUCUCGCGCUCGACCUUGGCGGCCCGACCGACAACCAGCUCAACAACGUCGAGGGCGGCUACAUGCAGCAGGAGCUCGCGCAGCAGCAGGGCGACGACCAGUACCUGUCGUCGAGGAGCACGGCCAUCGAGACGAUCGAGAGCACCGUCGCCGAGCUGGGCCAGAUCUUCAGCCAGCUCGCCCACAUGGUCGCCGUGCAGGGCGAGCAGGUGACGCGCAUCGACGCAGAUACGGAGGACAUCGCGACCAACGUGACUGGGGCCCAGACCGAGCUGCUGCGGUACUACGCGAGCGUGUCGUCCAACCGGUGGCUCAUGAUCAAGGUGUUCGGCGUCCUCAUCCUCUUCUUCCUCAUCUUCGUGUUGGUGAGCUAGGUGGAGCCGAGGCAGCGGUAGACGAGCGAGAACGGUCGUCGCGAGGGUGGGCGAGGGAGCGAGCGGGUCUGUGGCUGUAUCGCAGCCUGCGCAUCUCUCUCU